AUGUCAUCAAAACCUGGCAUAUAUGAACCAAAAAAUAUACUCAUAACUGGAGCAGCUGGUUUCAUUGCUUCACAUGUCACUACCAGGCUAAUUAACAAGUACCCUAGCUACAAGAUUGUAGCUCUUGAUAAGCUAGACUAUUGUUCUACUUUCAAGAAUCUGCAGUCUUGCACUUCAUCACCAAAGUUCAAAUUCAUUAAGGGUGAUAUAGCUAGUGCUGAUAUUGUGAAUCAUAUUUUGAUAGAAGAGGAAAUAGACACCAUUAUGCACUUUGCUGCUCAAACCCAUGUUGAUAAUUCGUUUGGAAACUCCUUGGAAUUCACCUACAAUAAUAUAUAUGGCACCCAUGUGCUUCUUGAAGCCUGCAGGGUCACCAAUUGUGUUAAAAGGUUCAUACAUGUUAGCACUGAUGAAGUUUAUGGUGAAACUGAUUUGGAGACUGAUAUUGGAAAUCAUGAGGCAUCUCAACUCUUACCCACCAAUCCUUAUUCUGCAACAAAAGCAGGUGCAGAAAUGUUGGCCAUGGCUUACCAUAGAUCCUAUGGUCUUCCAAUUUUAACUUCUAGAGGCAAUAAUGUUUAUGGGCCUAACCAGUACCCAGAAAAGCUUGUUCCUAAAUUCAUUCUUCGUGCUAUGAAAGGUGAGAAAUUGCCAAUCCAUGGUGAUGGAUCCAAUGUGAGGAGCUACCUUCAUUGUGGGGAUGUGGCAGAAGCAUUUGAUGUCAUACUUCAUAAGGGAGUGAUUGGCCAAAUCUACAAUAUUGGCACUCAGAAGGAAAGGAGUGUGUUAGAUGUAGCAGAGGACAUUUGCAAGCUCUUUGAAUUGAAUCCUAAAGAAGUUAUUGAGUUUGUUCAAGAUAGGCCUUUCAAUGACAAGAGAUAUUUCCUUAAUGAUCAAAAGCUCAAGCAGCUUGGUUGGGAGGAGAGAACUCCUUGGGAGGAAGGACUUAAGAUGACAAUUGAUUGGUACAAAAAGAACCCUGAUUGGUGGGGUGAUGUGUCUACUGCUUUAAACCCACAUCCACGUUUCUCAGCUAUCAAUCUCUCUGAUGAAUUAGCUCAAUGGUCCUUUCAAUAUGGAUACUCAAGGCUGGUGAGGUCAUUUACUGAAAUCGGUCGCAGUAAUUCAGGAUUGAAAUUCCUCAUAUAUGGGAGGACAGGUUGGAUAGGAGGGUUGUUAGGAAAGCUUUGUGAUGAAGAGAGAAUUGCUUGGGAGUAUGGGAAAGGAAGACUACAAGACAGGAAAUCACUUAUGGAGGAUAUAAGCAGGGUAAUGCCAACUCAUGUGUUAAGUGCAGCUGGUGUUACAGGAAGGCCAAAUGUUGAUUGGUGUGAAUCACACAAAGUUGAGACAAUAAGGACUAAUGUAGUGGGCACGUUAACUCUGGCUGAUGUUUGCAGGGAACAUGGCUUAUAUAUGAUGAAUUUUGCAACUGGUUGCAUAUUUGAGUAUGAUAAAGAGCAUCCUCUAGGAUCAGGCAUUGGGUUCAAGGAGGAGGACAAGCCAAAUUUCACUGGUUCCUUCUAUUCAAAGACCAAGGCCAUGGUGGAGGACCUCCUAAAAGAUUAUGAUAAUGUCUGCACAUUGAGAGUUAGAAUGCCAAUAUCAUCAGAUCUUAGCAAUCCAAGAAACUUCAUCACAAAGAUUAGUCGUUACAACAAAGUGGUGAACAUACCUAAUAGCAUGACAGUGCUAGAUGAGCUCUUACCUAUAUCAAUUGAGAUGGCUAAGAGGAACUUAAGAGGGAUAUGGAACUUCACCAACCCAGGUGUCAUAAGCCACAAUGAGAUAUUAGAAUUAUACAGGGAUUACAUAGAUCCUCAAUUUAAAUGGGAAAACUUUAAUUUGGAAGAACAGGCAAAGGUAAUAGUUGCUCCAAGGAGUAACAAUGAAAUGGAUGCCUCCAAGCUCAAAAAUGAGUUCCCUGAAUUGUUGUCCAUCAAAGAUUCCAUUAUCAAGUUUGUCUUUGAGCCGAACAAGAAAACUUGAAG